UACAGUCGACUAAGAGAGUUGAGAAGAUUCACAGUAGCCGGAAGUCGUCACUGGAUCCGACAUCUUCCCCAUUAUAAGUGUUCCAGGCAGCGGCAGAGAAGGUAUCACAGGAAGCGAUGGCCACAAGGAACUGCAGGUACCAUAUAAUCCUUAUCGAGGAGAAAUGGUUUCACGAGUACCAUCAAGACAAUGCCAAGUUCGACUUGAAUUACAUGGAAACCAUCGACAACUUCCUCAUCUCAAUGAGAACGGUGCGACCAAGCCCAAAGGUACUAUCCUAAAGGAAGCUGUACGGUGAAAUUUUUGGGAGAAUAAU